CAAACUCUAUCCUCCUUCUCUUCUCCUUCGUCGACCUCGACCCCUCCCUUCCCUCACCACCAGCAACCACCCCUCGUCGUCUCCCAUCGGCCAAACCAUCGACGACGCCCAUAUGAAGCUCUCUUCCAAUUAACCAUUCCCUUCCCCCAUCUGACGAACCCUAAAUCCAAAAAAUUUCGAAUCCACUUCUCCCUGAAUCUUCUUCUUCUCCUUAAAUUUUCGAAUCCCUAAAUCUUCUUAUUCUCCCAUCAACCAUGUCCAAUUCCGUCGCCGCCGCCAUGAUCGAUCUUUUAUUUUACCCUCACCUCCACAGACACCACCACCAGCACCAGUCGCCGCCCUCCCCUACCUCCUCCGCUCCCCCUCCUUCCACCGCCACCACAACUUCCUCCACGGCUCCGCCUCCAACCAUCGCGACCUGCAGGCAAGCAGGCAGCCUCCACCCGCCGCGCCGCCUCCAACCGUCGCCGCGUGAACGCCGUCUCCCUCCGCCUCUGUCCGCCGGCUUCGCGAGGUCGCUCCUUCCUCUCCCGUCGGCGGCAAGCCCUCCUCGGCUGCUUCUUGAAUCUUGAGUGGAAAAGAAAGGAGAGAGAAGGAUGGAGGAGAGAGACGGAGAAGAUAAUGAAUAAGUGGUGGUGGUGGAGGGUUUGAAAGGAGAGAGAAGGAUGGAGGAGAUAAAGGAAUAAGUGGUUCCUGCAUUUUUUUAUUUUUUUAAUUUUGUUUUUUAGAUUAGGGUGUGGUUUUCGGGUAUGAGGUUAACCGAACCAAAAUCGGCUAACCGACCGGUCGAUGGUCAGCUAGCGCUGUAUCUUUCACGGUCGGUGGUCGGUAGCCGGAGGUGGUCGCUCGGUUUAACCGAUAACCAAGAUAUCGGUUUUCGGUUAAACCAAAACUACCGACUGACACCCCUAUAUUGAACCUUCUCUAAUGAAACCCUCAUAACUUA